UGUGUCGAGAACCCAUAUCACAAUGGCGCAACUACUCUCCAAAGUCGCGUGCACAUUUCGCCUGUCCAUCCCCCAAGCACGCGCCUUUUCCCUCUUUCCCUCCGCCAACAGCCGCUCGCACACGAACCGACUCUUCGACAACGUUCGCCAGCCGCAAGACCUACACACACUGACCAUGCUCAAUGCCGCUGACAAUCGCGCGCUCAUCACAUUCUGGAGCGCAAGCUGGUGCCAGACCUGUCAGGCCGUCAAGCCUCUCGUGAAGGAGCUCAUCGAGGAAGAGCGAGUCGGCGAGCAGGAAGGAGGGCUGGGUUUUGUGGAGGUCGAGAUGGACAGCACAUUGAUUGGCGACCUGCCAAUCAUGUAUCGUGUCACGAGCAUGCCUACGUUGCUUGCGUUUAGUAGGCAAGAGGCGCAAUUUGACACACGACUGGUCAGGCCAGAGGACAUGAAGAACAAGGACUUCUUGCGCGAAUGGCUGCUCACAGAAGCACGGAGAGGUGGGCGCAGGGGUGGAGCUGGUGGGGGUGGGCUGUUCGGCUGGUGAGUUGCUUCAGCAAGCUCGACCUGGAGCCGUGGGGCCUGACCGUGAUGGGUUUGGACGGUUCUGGAGGUGACAAUGGCGCGAGGAGCGCGCAAGGACGGGAGCUGAUGAAAGACAUUGCGUAAAGAGGAAUGUUGACCGCUCGCGAUGUGUGUAGUAGGCUACGAUUACAUGCCCGCCGCGACUCAAGCAAAACAAAUGCCAUGACAGGUCCGGUACCAAAAACAGGCAAAAUACAUACAGCAGCGGGUAUUCGCUAGUGGUCACCCACCUAACUACUAAUCCACCGGUACGUUGCUUAAAUAGGGCUGAGCGAACGGGAAGCCUUGUUUUCAACGUCCU